AUGUCACAAAUAUUACCAUUCACAGAAGCUAACACCAAAAGGGUAUCGUCUUUAUUCAGACAAGCUUUACGUACAGCAUUUGACCACUCGUUGAAAUUCGACUUGUAUCGUGCUCAAACGAUAAAUAUUCGUUCACAAUUUGAUGCCAACAAACAUGUCAGCAACGCAGAGGAGUUGGAGCAUUUGAUCAAGCUCACUGAAGCCAAAUUAAAAGAAUGGAAGCAUCCUGAUCCUUAUAUUCCACCAUGUAGGCCAGGCGGAACCAAGUAUCAAAGAAAUAUUCCAGUUGCUAGGGAACCACUUGUGCCCGGUGACUGGUAG